UCCCUUAAAAUGAAAAAACGUUUAUGAUGACUACCAAAGGUGGCCCUUAGCUCUCCAAAUAUUUGACACAACCAUCUUUAAAGGGUAAACAAAAAGCUGACGCAUUCCAAAGUCCCGAGUUGACUCCGGUGUCGUAUUCGUUGACAUUGGCAUCCACGUCAUCGUCUCUCGAAUCCAAUUUGUAUCGGCAUGAACCGCGCCACGGUUGUUAGAGCAAGAUUCGAUUCCAAAAUCCCCUUUCUUUUUCAUUUUUAAAAAUUUUUGAAUAUUCAUUUUUUUCCUAACCCCCAUUGGAGCACAAACUGAUACACUUCUAGGUAGUUCUUGAAGUGGACGCUCCACCAUAUAAAUCUUAGUAGAGUACUUCUUUAGUUUCAUUCUUUGAUCUCUCUGAGACCUCAACAGUUCCUAACUCCUACGAAGCUGCUCCUUAAUGGCGUCUCUCUCACGAUCUUCCUUUGCUUAUAGUUCUAAUGCCACUUUGUUUCGGGGAAAGAGAGACGCCUUCGUAAAAUUAGACAACUGUGUUGUAUUUCACAAUUUUGAUGUUUCUAUAUUAAAUUCAUCUGAGUCGAAACUUGUUUUGCAUAAUUUAUCACACAAGCGAUGGUCUCGUCGAGUUGGUGUUCCUCGUGCUUCCACGGAAAUUGUUGAAGGUCCAGUUGUGGAGGAAAAGGGAAAGGAGAAAGGUAGGGUUCUUAGGGUUGGUUUAAUCUGCGGUGGUCCGUCUGCUGAGCGUGGCAUUUCACUGAAUUCGGUGAGAUCAGUUCUUGAUCACAUACAGGGAAAUGAUUUGCAUGUAAGCUGCUAUUACAUCGAUUGCAAUCUUAAUGCUUAUGCUAUAUCCUCUACCCAGGUAUACUCGAACACUCCUGCAGAUUUUGACUUCAAACUUGAAAGCCUUGCCCAAGGUUUUCGGUCUUUGUCUGACUUUGCGGAACACCUUGCUGCCUCUGUGGAUAUAGUAUUUCCAGUUAUACAUGGUCGUUUUGGUGAAGAUGGUGGCAUCCAGGAGUUACUGGAGAAAGCGAAUGUACCAUUUGUUGGGACGCCUUCGAAAGAAUGUUGUCAAGCUUUUGACAAGUUUGAACCUGACAAUCAGACUGUUCAGAUGUGGGCAUUGCUAUUGUUUAAGCAGAUUACUAAACUUUUGUAG